UUGUCUUCCCAAAUGACUUCCCUGCACUGCAGCCCGAUGCUCCAGAGCCUGAUGACAAUGAUCACCCCUUGUUUCGAGCUGCCCCAGCCCGGGGUGUGUGCAAGGUGAUGUGUUUCCACCCCUGGUCGGACCUGACGCUGCCCCUCAUGUCCCUGCCAGAGAUCCGGGCUGUCAUCGAUGCGUGGGCAGAGCUGGCGACGGAGCUGGGUGCUUCCUACCCCUGGGUGCAGAUCUUCGAGAACAAGGGAGCCGUGAUGGGCUGCUCCAACCCGCAUCCCCACUGCCAGGUGUGGGCCAGCAGCUUCCUUCCAAACGAGGCGAGCCUGGAGGACCGGAGCCAGCGCCAGCAUCUGAGCCAGCAUGGCGUGCCCAUGCUGCUGGAGUAUGCUGAGCAGGAGGCUCGCCGAAAGGAACGGCUGGUGGUGGAUAAUGCAGACUGGCUGGUUGUGGUGCCAUACUGGGCCACCUGGCCCUACGAGACCCUGCUGCUGCCCCGCCGCCAUGUCUGUCGCCUCCAGGACCUCAGUGACAGUGAGAGGGACAGCCUGGCCUCCAUCAUGCAGAGGCUGCUCAUCAAGUACGACAACCUCUUCGAAGUCUCCUUCCCCUACUCCAUGGGCUGGCACGGAGCCCCCACAGGCUCCUACCUGGAGGAGGAUUGCAGGCACUGGCAGCUCCAUGCCCACUACUACCCCCCUCUGCUGCGCUCCGCCACCGUCCGCAAGUUCAUGGUGGGGUACGAGAUGCUGGCCCAGGCGCAGAGGGACCUCACCCCGGAGCAGGCAGCCGAGCGCCUGAGGAGCCUCCCUGAGGUGCACUACAAGAAGAGGGCUGAGGAGAUGUGAUGGGAGCAGCAGAACAUCCAGUCCUUGGAUGCUCUGUGUCUGCCCCCAUGCUCCUUCCACCACUAAAGGACUUACCCUCCUUACCAGUCCAGUCUCACUGGUGGGGCUGGAAUUUCUUCUGCCCCGUGGAGGGGCACAACCCCCCUGGACAAUAAAACCU